CUAUUGUGGCGUCUGUUAAAUUUCUUUGCAUACCUUCUUUGAUUCAUCAGUAUAUUGGAGAUAACUUUCAUAAUCCAUGUUUUAGAGGGAAUACUUCAGAUGACUUGAAACCUUUCUUCCAGCCAUCUUCUUUCGAUUUCUUCUCAAUAUCCGCCAUAUAGGCUUCAGCCUUUCUCACACCGUAAAAUUGACGACUCAUAAACAAUGACGGACCAACAGCGCGAUGUGUCGCAGUACAAGUAUGCGGCGAUGUCCAAUCUGGUUCUCCAGGCGGACCGUCGGUUCGUUACUCGCCGUAAUGAUGAGGUGACAGGAGAUCCAGAAUCACUGGCGGGGCAAAUCAGUAUUCGGGAUAUGGGUUCGAGAAAUGCCCGAGAGGACGCGCCAAAACAGAAAAAGAAAGCUUCAGGCCUUCCAGAUGUUGAGAGAGGAGGUUACCGCGAGGGCGAAGAUGUCUUAGAACGAGAACAGCGCAAACGCAAGCGUGGAGAGCCAGCACAACUGCGAGGGACUGGAAUCCUAUCAGCUGCAGAUGCCUUGGUCGAGGGUAUUCGAUAUAGACCUAGGACUUCGGCAACGCGAGCAACUUACGACCUCAUCUUAACUACAGUCGCUAAUAAUCUUGGAGAUGUUCCUCACGAAGUUGUUCGAAGCGCCACCGACGCCGUGCUGGAAUACUUGAAGGAUGAUGAUAUGAAAGAUUUUGACAAGAAGAAGGAGAUCGAUGACCUGCUAGGCGCAAGCAUGAAUCCAAAACAGUUCAACGAGCUUGUAAACUUGGGAAAAAAGAUUACGGAUUAUGACGCGCAAGAUGAAGACGAAGAGAUGGCAGAUGGAGAUAACGGCGGCGAAAACGGCGCUGAAAUAGAUGAUCGCCAAGGAGUAGCUGUUGUAUUCGACGAUAAUUCCGACGAGGAGGGUGAUGAGGUGCUUAAUGAAAUUCGAGAAGAGUCGUCUGAAGAUGAGGAUGACGCUCAAGACCGCCCUGGUGACGAGGAAGUCGCUAAGGCUGGUGGCGCUGGAGUGGAUAGAGAUGAAGAAUCCCAGGAACUGCCCGAAGAGGAAGCAAUAAUUAUGGACUCUGGUUCAACACAGAACGCUGACUCAUCUAAAGACAAAAAAGACUUCAUACCCGCACGCGAAAUUGAUGCAUAUUGGCUGCAACGACAAAUUGGCUCAGUUUACACAGAUGCGCAUGUACAACAGCUCAAAACACAAGAAGUACUCCACACACUUUCUGGAGCUCCCGCGGAAGAAGGCGGGGAUGAGAAACCUCUCAGGGAAAUCGAAAACGACCUUGCUGAAUUGUUUGAUUAUGAGCAUCAUGAGCUCGUACACAAAUUGAUCGCCAAUCGGGAUAAGGUAGUCUGGCUCACUCGUUUAGCUAGGGCUGAGGAUGCUGAAGCUCGAGGUGUUGUAGAGCGUGAAAUUGCAUCCGAGGGACUACGAUGGAUCUUGGAUGAGCUUCGCGGAGGUGCGCCAGCAGACGGAUCGAAGAAACGGAAACUAGAAAUGAAAAUGGAUAUUGACGUUCCAGCUGAAUACAUUAAUGGCGGCACCAAGAACGAGCAAAAAGACAGAGAUGGUUUAGUUGGUGGGCUGCAACCGCGGAAGCUCAUUAAUCUUGAAAAUCUUGUCUUUGAUCAAGGCAAUCAUUUGAUGACAAACCCCAAGGUCAAGUUGCCAGAGGGAUCUACAAAGCGUACUUUCAAAGGAUAUGAAGAGAUUCAUGUACCGCCUCCCAAGAAGCGCAAUGAUCCUUCUGAUCGUGAUAUCCCAGUUACGGAGAUGCCUGAAUGGGCGCGAGUUCCAUUCUCGUCCACAGUCAAGCUCAACAAGAUCCAAUCUCAGUGCUUUCCGACAGCCUUCGAAGACGAUGGCAAUAUGCUUAUCUGCGCGCCCACUGGAAGUGGCAAGACCAAUGUUGGUAUGUUGACUAUAUUACGAGAAAUCGGCAAAAAUCGCAAUCCAGAGACCGGAGAAAUCAACCUCGACGCAUUCAAAAUUGUUUACAUUGCGCCGCUUAAAGCUUUGGUUCAGGAACAAGUAGGAAAUUUUGGUGCCAGACUAAAGCCAUAUGGCAUCCAGGUUUCUGAAUUGACUGGAGAUCGUCAGCUCACAAAACAACAAAUUGCCGAUACCCAAAUCAUUGUGACAACACCUGAAAAAUGGGAUGUCAUCACUCGAAAAGCUACUGAUUUGAGUUACACCAAUCUGGUGCGUCUCAUUAUUAUCGAUGAAAUCCAUCUUUUACAUGAUGACCGUGGACCUGUUCUGGAAAGUAUUGUGAGCCGGACAAUCAGAAAGAUGGAGCAGACUGGUGAUCCUGUUCGUCUGAUAGGUCUCUCCGCCACAUUGCCAAAUUACCGUGACGUCGCAAGCUUUCUACGCGUUGAUCCUCUCAAAGGCAUGUUCCAUUUUGAUGGAUCGUAUCGUCCUUGUCCACUUCGCCAGGAAUUCGUUGGAAUAACCGAAAAGAAGGCCAUCAAACAACUGAAGACUAUGAAUGACGUGACUUAUACCAAGGUUUUGGAGCAUGUAGGGACAAACCGAAACCAGAUGAUUAUUUUUGUGCACUCACGUAAGGAGACCGCCAAAACAGCUAGAUAUAUUCGAGACAAAGCCUUGGAAAUGGAGACAAUUGGACAAAUUUUGCGGAGUGAUGUGUCGGGAACUCGAGAGACUCUCGCUUCUGAGGCCGAAGAGGUCAGCGACCGAGAGCUCAAGGACUUGUUACCCUACGGCUUCGGAAUACAUCACGCUGGUAUGAACAGGCCAGAUCGAACAUCUGUUGAGGAACUUUUCCAUGAAGGUUUAAUUCAAGUACUUGUCUGUACUGCUACAUUGGCAUGGGGUGUUAAUUUACCAGCACAUACUGUCAUCAUCAAAGGUACUCAAGUCUACUCCCCGGAGAAAGGUAGUUGGGUGGAAUUGAGUCCACAAGAUGUACUCCAAAUGCUUGGGCGUGCUGGUCGUCCCCAAUAUGACACAUAUGGAGAGGGUAUCAUCAUCACCACCCAGAACGAGAUGCAGUAUUAUCUAUCACUUUUGAAUCAACAACUGCCAAUCGAGAGUCAGUUUGUGAGCAGAUUGGUAGACAAUCUAAACGCAGAGGUUGUUCUUGGUAAUGUCCGUAGUCGCGAUGAAGGUGUUGACUGGUUAGGAUACACUUAUCUAUUCGUGCGAAUGCUGCGGUCACCAGGGUUGUACAGCGUAGGAGCCGACUAUGAAGAUGACAGCGCCUUGGAGCAAAAACGAGUUGAUUUGAUCCAUUCUGCGGCUGUAGUGCUGGAGAAGUCUAACCUUAUCAAAUACGACAAGAAGACAGGUAAACUACAAGCGACUGAACUUGGUAGAAUUGCAUCUCAUUAUUAUAUCACACACAACUCCAUGUUGACUUAUAACCACCACCUCCAACCAUCGAUCACGCCAAUAGAACUUUUCCGCGUCUUUGCGUUGAGUGACGAAUUCAAGUACAUCCCAGUUCGUCAAGAAGAAAAGUUAGAACUAGCCAAACUUCUAGGGCGUGUACCAAUCCCUGUGAAAGAAAGUGUCGAGGAGCCUCAUGCCAAGAUAAAUGUACUUUUGCAGGCUUACGUUUCGAGAUUAAAAUUGGAUGGACUAGCAUUGAUGGCAGAUCUGGUUUACGUCACUCAGUCAGCUGGAAGAAUUUUGCGUGCUAUUUUCGAAAUCACUCUUAAGAAGGGGUGGUCCUCGGUAGCUAGGACAGCUUUGGAGCUUUGCAAAAUGGCAGAAAAGCGCAUGUGGCCAACCAUGUCACCACUCAGACAAUUUGCCGGAUGUCCUAGGGACAUCAUACAAAAAGCCGAGAGAAUUGACGUUUCAUGGGCCAACUACUUUGAUCUUGAUCCGCCACGCAUGGGCGAAUUAUUAGGUCUUCCGAAAGCAGGCCGAACUGUCUGCAAUCUUGUUGCAAAAUUUCCACGACUGGAAGUUCAGGCACAAGUGCAACCGAUGACGAGAUCAAUGCUGAGAGUAGAGUUGACCAUCACACCCAAGUUUGAGUGGGAUGACGAAAUCCAUGGUGCUGCGGAAAGUUUCUGGAUCAUUGCUGAAGACUGUGACGGCGAGGAUAUUCUUUUCCACGAUCAAUUUAUCCUUCGUAAAGAUUUCGCUCAAGCUGAAAUGAACGAGCAUCUUAUUGAAUUCACAGUCCCCAUCACAGAGCCCAUGCCACCACAUUAUUUCAUCACUGUCGUCUCGGACCGAUGGAUGAAUUGUGAAACCAAGCUUGCAGUCUCGUUCCAGAAGCUCAUCUUGCCCGAGAAAUUUCCACCUCAUACACCAUUAUUGGAUUUACAGCCUUUGCCUGUUGCAGCCCUAAAAGUCGAUGAAUUCAAAUCAUUGUACCCAGACUGGGAUCGCUUCAACAAGAUUCAGACACAAACAUUUAAAUCUCUUUUUGAUACUGAUGAUAAUGUAUUUGUUGGAGCCCCCACCGGAAGCGGCAAGACUGUUUGCGCAGAGUUUGCGUUGCUCCAUCACUGGAAAAAGGGUGACGCAGGACGUGCUGUCUACAUUGCGCCAUUCCAAGAACUUGUUGAUCUUCGGCUUCAAGAUUGGCAAAAGCGUUUUUCGACACUUCUGGGAGGCAAAGAAAUUGUGAAGCUCACAGGAGAGACCACUGCCGACCUCAAACUUCUAGAGAGAGGCGAUUUAAUCCUCGCAACGCCUUCUCAAUGGGAUGUUCUAUCGCGACAAUGGCAACGUCGAAAGAAUGUGCAGAAUGUUGAACUUUUCAUCGCAGAUGAACUGCACAUGCUUGGUGGACAGGCUGGUUUUGUUUAUGAGAUCAUUGUCUCUCGCAUGCAUUAUAUCCGAUCACAAACCGAGUUACCAUUGCGAAUCGUGGGGCUAAGUGUUUCGCUCGCCAAUGCUCGUGAUAUUGGAGAAUGGAUAGAUGCGAAAAAGCACAACAUCUACAACUUUAGUCCUCACGUUCGUUCAGUUCCUCUCGAGCUUCAUAUUCAGUCGUUCACUAUUCCCCAUUUCCCCUCUCUCAUGCUUGCCAUGGCAAAGCCAACCUACCUUGCCAUAAAUCAAAUGUCGCCAGACAAGCCUGCUCUUGUGUUUGUUCCUAGUAGAAAGCAAGCCCGUGCCACAACCCGUGAUUUACUCCUGGCAUGCCUAGCUAGCGACGAUGAAGAUCGUUUCCUGCACGCCGACGUGGAUGAGAUGAAGCCCUUAUUAGAACGAAUCCAAGAAGAAGCUCUCGCAGAAUCUAUCUCGCAUGGCAUAGGCUAUUAUCAUGAGGCUCUUAGCACAAGCGAUAAACGUAUUGUGAAACAUCUUUAUGAUAAUGGGGCAAUACAAGUAAUGGUAGCAUCUCGUGACGUUUGCUGGGAACUUGACUGCAAAGCACAUCUAGUCAUUGUGAUGGGUACGCAGUUCUAUGAAGGCAGGGAGCACCGCUACGUCGACUAUCCUCUUAGCGAGAUCCUACAAAUGUUCGGCAAAGCAACACGACCUUUGGAAGACAAAAUUAGUAGGGGUGUUUUAAUGGUACCAGCUGUUAAGAGAGAGUACUACAAGAAGUUUUUGAAUGAAGCUCUUCCAAUCGAGAGUCAUCUUCAGGUUUAUUUGCAUGAUGCUUUCGUGUCCGAGAUCAGUACCAAAAUGAUCGAGUCAGCUAGCGAUGCCAUUAACUGGACUACUUUUACGUAUUUCUAUCGAAGAUUGCUUGCAAACCCCAGCUACUAUAGUCUCAAAGAUACAUCACAUGAAGGCCUUAGUGCCCACCUCUCGGAGCUUGUAGAAACCACUCUGAAAGAUCUGGCCGAGUUCAAGAUCAUUGAUUUGGAUGAAGAGGACGACUCCGUCACUCCAUUAAACGCAGCAAUGAUUGCUGCCUAUUACAACAUCUCAUACGUCACCAUGCAGACCUUUUUGCUUUCACUGACUGGCCGUACCAAGCUCAAGGGUAUUUUGGAAAUCGUCACUUCAGCAACUGAGUUCGAAACCAUACAGAUCAGAAGACACGAAGACAAUCUGCUUCGUAGAGUAUAUGAUCGACUUCCGGUCAAGAUGGCUCAGCCAAGCUUUGAUUCACCGCACUUCAUGGCAUUUGUCCUACUUCAAGCUCAUUUCUCCAGAAUGCAGCUACCGAUUGAUCUUGCUAAGGAUCAAGAGAUCAUUUUAACCAAAGUUCUUGGUCUCUUAAGUGCUACUGUAGAUGUUUUAUCCUCAGACGGUCACAUUAACGCCAUGAACGCCAUGGAAAUGUCACAAAUGGUUGUGCAAGGGAUGUGGGAUCGCGAUAGUCCUUUGAAACAGAUUCCUCACUUUACGCCCGAGGUCAUCAAGGCUGCAAAUGAAUCUGGUAUCAAGGACAUCUUCGAGUUUAUGGACGCAAUGGACCCUUCCGAGAAUCCAGACUAUGAAGCUCUCAUCAAGAGACUUGGUCUCUCGCAAACACAAUUGGCACAGGCAGCCAAUUUCACGAAUUCUAAAUAUCCUAACAUUGAGCUUGACUUUGAAGUGGAGGAUCCGGAGGAGAUUGUGGCUGGAUCACCAGCUUACCUUAAAAUCAAGAUUGUGCGAGAUGUUGAUGAAGAUGAUGAUGCGGCAGAGGUGGACAUGUCCGUACAUGCUCCCUUCUACCCCGCAAAGAAAAUGGAGAAUUGGUGGUUGGUCGUGGGCGAUGAAGGUACAAAAACUUUACUUGCGAUCAAACGGGUUACAAUCGGGAAAGCGUUGAACCUUCGGCUGGAAUACACGGUACCAACACCUGGAGAACAUGAUCUAAAGUUGUUCCUCAUGAGCGACAGUUAUGUGGGUGUCGAUCAAGAUCCCAGUUUCCAUGUCUCGGUAGCAGAAGGAAUGGAUGAAGAUGAAGACGAAGAAGACGAAGAUGAAGAAUGA